UGCCUCUAGGAGGUACCUACCAUACUUCUUCGGUGACCGUCGCAUUGAUUGCUGCUAGGCCUCAUCUAUCUCCCACGAGCCGUCCGUCACACCUAAACAGCUAGGGCGACCUAUAUAUAUUUCCCCAGCCCGCACCCAAGUCUAGAAUUCUUGGCCAUAUCGCAACCACCCCGAUCGCUUAGUUGGUUCGGGACUCCGGUGUGCGCCCCGGCAAAUACCACCUUAUACACCACCUGCUCGACCUUGCUUAGUACGGCAACGGAAUACGCAAUCAUGGACGCCAUAAUUGACCUCAAGGACACCUCCAAGGCGCUCGACUUGGCCAACAUCCGCUUCCAGCUCAUUCGCUUGGAAGACACAAUCACCUUUCACCUGAUCGAGCGCGUCCAGUUCCCGCUCAACAAGACCAUCUACAUCCCCGGCGCCAUACCGAUCGGCCAGUCGAGCGAGCUCAGCUUCAUGGACUGGUACCUGCAGGAGCAGGAGAAGCUGCAGUCGCUCAUCCGGCGCUACGAGGCCCCCGACGAGUACCCCUUCUUCCCGGAGGCCCUGCAGAAACCUCUCCUGAAGCCCCUCAACUACCCCCAGAUCCUGCACCCCAACACCGUCAACGUCAACCAGAAGAUCAAGAAGUUCUACAUCGAGAAGUUCCUUCCCGCCGUGUGCCCGGACUUUGGCCGCGAAGACCGCGGCGAGCGCGAGGAAAACUAUGGGUCCUCGGCCACAUGCGAUAUCGCUUGCCUGCAGGCGCUGUCGCGCCGGAUACACUUUGGCAUGUUCGUCGCCGAAUCCAAGUUCCAGUCCGACCCCGAGACGUACACCCGGCUGAUCAAGGCCGGCGACCGGGAUGGCAUCGGCGAGUCCAUCACGAACGCCGCGGUCGAGCAGCAGGUGCUAAAGCGCUUGGGCCUCAAGGCGCGCACGUACGGCACCGACCCGUCUACGAACCCUUCCGAGAAUGCGGGCAAGAUCAACGUCGAGGCCGUAGUCGCCAUGUACAAGGACUUCGUCAUCCCCAUCACCAAGGAGGUCGAAGUCGAGUAUCUAAUGCAGCGCCUGAAGUAAGGGAAUCGCUACGAUGUGCCGGUGGGUCGGAUUCGGAUAUGUGCGUCGGCGUUUUCAGAUAGGCAAAGAGAAAAUAUAAAAUAGGUAUCACGGGCGGGGGCGCAUUGCGUGUAUUUUUUUCCCAUUAACCUUUUAUAUUGUGCUUUACGACGGCGGCGAGAAUUCGUCGCUUAUCGCCUUGACGGCCUCGGCAAACUUACUAGCCUCGAUCAGCAUCAUGGAGCCGCGAGAUAUGAUGCCCAUCUCCUGGAAGGCGCGCUUGCUGUCGGCGACGGCCUCGUCGGUGUUGGCGUAGGGGAAGCUCCCGUGCGCGACCGCGUACCUCUGCAGCACCUCGUCCUCGGGGUGGAAGUAGAAAAGGGCCGGGUCCUGCCUGCCCUUCUUGCGCUUG